AUGCCCUUCAGGAUGCCGGAGCUCAUCUCCGUCCAAGACUUCAUCUCCCAGACUCUGGAGGAUCUGAGCUCCCCAACCACCUCCUCCUUCACCAGCCACAUGGGCAAGUGCCGAGGCACCGUCUGCAGCCUGGAGGAGGCCUUGGAUUCUGAUCGAGCUGUAUUGCAAAAAAUGAGGAAAGCCACCAAAGCAGAGCAUGCUUCUGGACAAGAUCUCACUAGCCACAUAGAAGCUCAUAUUGCAGCCCAGGAAAAAUUCUCUGCAAACUACCAGAGUGAUGGUGACGAGCAACUGGCCGGUGCCUUCCUCUCCUUUGCCGAGUUCUCCCGGGAGCUGCUGGCCCCAGUCAAGGGUCUGUUGCAGAGCUUGUCUCACAACAUUAACUUUUCCCUGGACUCGCUGGUAAAGAGAGACUUAAAAGAGCUCAAAGGGGACUUCAAAAAGCCUUUUGACAAAGCCUGGAAAGACUAUGAGAAUAAACUCACAAAGAUUGAGAAGGAGAAGCGGGAGCUGGCGAAGCAGCACGGGCUGGUGCGGAGCGAGGUGGUGGGAGGGGAGAUCGCGGAGGAGAUGGAGAAGGAGCGCAGGAUGUUCCAGUUAAACAUGUGUGAGUAUCUGAUCAAAGUGAAUGAGAUUCAAACCAAGAAAGGAGUGGACUUGCUGCAGAACCACAUCAAGCAUUGCAAUGCUCAGUUCAAUUUUUUCCAGGAAUGUUUAAGGGCAACAGAGACGCUUAAGCAGUUGAUAGAGAAGCUCACCCCUGAGCUACAGAGGAUGAAGGUCAGGCAGGACGAGGAGAAGCAGCAGCUGUGCUCCCUCCGGGAUCACCUGAAAGCAGCAUUACAACUGGAGCAGAAAGAGGACUCUGCUAACAAGCAGCUACGGUACAACAUGCACCAGCUGCAGGGGAACAAGCAGUAUGGGACCGAGAAAUCGGGGAACCUCUUUAAGAAAAGUGAUGGGUUGAGGAAGGUCUGGCAGAAGAGGAAGUGCACGAUCCAGAAUGGCUACCUGACCAUCUUUCACAGCACGCUAAACCGCCCACCAGCCAAGCUGAAUUUGCUGACUUGCCAAGUGAAGCCGAACCCGGAUGAUAGGAAGUGCUUCGACCUCAUUUCACACCCAGCCUGGCUCUCCAUUAACCUGGGCAUCCUGAUCUGCAUCGAGUGCUCCGGGAUUCACCGGGAGAUGGGCGUGCACCACUCCCGCAUCCAGUCGCUGUCUCUGGACAAGCUUGCAACCUCCGAGCUCUUGCUGGCUAAGAACAUUGGCAAUUCUGGCUUUAACGACAUUCUGGAAGCCAACCUCCCCAGCCCUUUGCUGAAGCCCACAACUGGCAGUGAUAUGGCCCUUCGGAAAGAUUUCAUCAUCUCCAAGUAUGUCGAGAGGAAAUACGCCAAGAGGAGCUCUAGGAGCCCAGCUGCCCAGCGCCGGGAGCUACAGGAAGCCAUCAGGUGGAAGGACUUAUUUGCAUUGCUCCAGGCCUAUGCCGAAAAGGUGGAUUUAAGUGAGCUUGUUCUGGAGCCUGUGCAGGAACCCGGGGAAACUGUUCUCCACCUGGCAGUGUUGUUAGCUGACCGAACCUCUCUACACAUUGUAGAUUUUCUGGUGCAGAACAGUGGGAGCCUUGUGAAGCAGACAGUGAAGGGAAACACACCGCUUCAUUACUGCUGCCUCCACAAUAAACCCGAGUGCCUCAAGCUCUUUGUGAGAGCCAAAGCCAGCAUUGCCAUCACCAAUGAAGCUGAAGAGACGGCCCUGGAUGUGGCCAGGCGCAUGAGACACUCCCUAUGUGAAGAACUGCUGCUGCAGGCUCAAAACAAUCAGUUCAACAUGCGUGUUCACGUGGAAUAUGAGUGGCGGCUGGGCCAGGAUGACAUGUAUGAGAGCGACGAUGAUCUGGAUGAGAAGUUGGGUUCCCCGAAGGAGCGCAUUCUCCGCCCUCAGAGCUGCUACCAUUCACCUGCCACUGCCUCCCAGCCAUGGGGAAAUGCAGCAGGGCUUUCAAAGGGUGCAAUUCCAGCCCCCCAGGGGAAAUUGCAUGACAUCUAUGCACACCCUCACUCCCACAUACCAGCAGCUUCUGGCUCUGCUUCAUGUGUGCCGCCUCUUCCACCACGCAGUGUAAACCGAGCUCCCAACGUGCCCCCGCCCACUCCUCCUGCCAGCCUGCUGGCCAGUGCUGUGGACCCCGGAGUCAGGAGGAUCCUGUCGCUACCUCUGAGCAUCAAGCACAGACGAACGUCAUCAGAGCCUGUGCCCUGCUUGCCGCUCAGCCCCACGCAGCCCAGCCAAAGCAGCCUGGCUCCAGAUUCUGGAACCUCCUCACCUCCCAAAGGCCAUUCUGCAGCAGGAGACCCUCCCAGGAGACUGAGCACCGGAUCCCACCAGGGCACCAGCCACUCCGCCACCAAGGACACGACACAGCUUGCUGCCCUGGAGACAGUGGAGACGUUCUGUGAGGCCAGCCCCAGCAAAGGAAGAAGCCGUGGGCUGCCAUGGCCCUCACAAGACCCAGGUGGAGGCCCUGGCCCAGCACAGGACGUGCCGCCCGCGAUCCCAAGGAGGGACGGCCUGAGUAAACCGCGCUUCUUCCGGGUCCGAGCCCUGUAUGACUGUCAGGCUGACCGUGCGGAUGAGCUGACCUUCCGUGCGGGGGAGAUCAUCAUUGUGGCCGAAGAGGAGGACUGCAAUUGGUGGAACGGCUGGAUUGAAGGGCAGCCCCACAGGAAAGGCGUCUUCCCGGCAUCAUUUGUUCACGUGCUGAGUGAAUAGGACCUGGAUGGCUGACAGAAGAAGGAACAUCUCAGCUGCUCGAAGUGCAGAUCCCCCAGACUCCCUGUUUUCAGCAGGCUUCCUGCAGAGAACACACUUGGCGAGCUUGUGCUGUCUCAUCUCUUGUAUCUUGUCACUCUCACCUUCAGGCCUGCAGUAUGUGGUUUGGCCCACGGGGCCCAAAGCGGGGCUUGGAGUGGUCAGGGCUUUGCCUGUCUCCUGAAUUGCAAUCAAGUAUCCUAUCGGGUGUCUUUGAGUCCUGCUUUCAGCUCCAAGUGUUCA